GCCAAUUUUAUUUUACAUAAUGUUGCCACUUGUAAAAGAAAAACUUAUAGUCAUAUUCGUUCUUCCUAUUUUAUGUGAGUCCAGCUUAGUGGAUCCAAUUCUUAGUAGUGCAAUUGAAAAUGUGAUACCUAAUAUAAACAUUACAGAAAUAAUAAAUAAAUAUUCUCCUCUUCAAAGUCACUUAUCAGAAGAUGGAAAACUCAACUUUUCUGAGCUCGCUGUAAAAUACGGACAAAAAUGUGAAGAGUAUUCCGUGACAACCGAGGACAAAUAUAUACUCACAAUAUUCCACAUUCCCGGAAAAGGCAGACCUGUACUUUUAAUGCACGGUUUAAUAGACUCGUCAGAUACUUUCAUCAUAAGAGGAAAUAUAUCUCUCGCCAUCACUUUAGCUGAUGCAGGAUACGACGUAUGGGCUGCGAAUUUUAGAGGUAAUAGGUAUUCGUUAGGCCAUGAGACAUUGGAUUGUGAAAAAGACAAAGAGUACUGGGAUUUCAGUUUGUACGAAUUUGGAUAUUAUGAUUCUAGUGUCUGCAUAGACUUCGUGUUACAACAGACUGAUAAAAAAAAAUUGACAGUCAUCGGACAUUCUCAGGGAACUACGAAUUUUUUUGUACUCGGAUCAAGGAGACCUGAAUAUAACGACAAAAUCAAUGUCUUUAUUGCCUUAGCUCCUGUAGCGUAUUUAAGUCAUAUGAGGGGAUUGAUAGAAGUUGCUGUUAAAUUGGCACCACCAAUAUAUUCUGCGCUGACAUCGCUAGGAGUUGUAGAUGUAUUUAAAGAAAAUUCUGCACUAAAAGAUUUUAUAGAAGUUGCGUGCACUCAAGAUGUUGGAAGUUAUGAACUUUGUUUUGAUGGCGCUAUUUUCCCAGGAGCCGGUUUCGAUAGUGAAGAAACGGAGCCGCAAUUCUCACACGUUGUGUUUGGUCAUUAUCCAGCUAGAAGUUCUAUAAAAAAUAUAUAUCACUUAAGCCAAAUUGCGAACAGAAAUAAAUUUGCUGAUUACGAUUACGGUACAAUUAAAAAUCUCGAAGUUUAUGGCGCUACGGAUCCUCCGGAAUUUGAUCUGGGGAAAGUUAAAGCGAAGACCGCUUUGUUUGUUGGUGAAAAUGACUUCUUAGGCACUGUAGAAGACGUCGACACUCUGAAGUCUCAAUUACCAAAUGUAGUAAAAUAUCAAAUAUUACCCCGAAAGGAGUUUAAUCAUAUGGAUUUUGUUUGGGGAAAACAUAUGCCAGAAACCUUAUAUCCUUAUGUAUUUGAAGUCUUAGAUAAAUAUUCGUAGAACAAGUACAAUACACUAGC